CUAGUUGCUCUUGCCUGCUGCACUGCGCUACUGUCCUGUGCCAAAGACAGACUUUCUCCAACAAGAGGCUGUUCUACUGAGAACCAGGAGUGCGAGUCAUUCACUGAUAUGCCUCUUCACAGAACUCAGAUCAGUGUGCGUGUUACCACCAUGGAUGCUGAGCUGGAAUUUGCCAUCCAGCCCAACACUACAGGGAAACAACUCUUUGAUCAGGUUGUCAAGACAAUUGGUCUGAGAGAAGUCUGGUUCUUUGGACUCCAGUAUCAAGAUACAAAGGGAUUCUCAACGUGGCUCAAAUUAAAUAAAAAGGUAACAGCACAGGAUGUACGCAAGGAAAGCCCUCUUCUUUUCAAAUUCCGAGCCAAGUUCUACCCGGAAGAUGUGGCUGAAGAGCUGAUCCAGGACAUCACACAGCGCCUGUUCUUCCUCCAAGUGAAGGAGGCAAUUCUGAAUGAUGACAUUUACUGUCCUCCAGAAACAGCUGUCCUACUGGCUUCCUAUGCUGUCCAGUCCAAGUAUGGCGACUUCAAUAAAGAAGUGCACAAGUCUGGUUACCUUGCUAGUGACAAACUGCUCCCACAGAGAGUUCUGGAGCAGCACAAGCUUAACAAGGACCAGUGGGAGGAGAGGAUCCAGGUGUGGCAUGAAGAACAUCGAGGAAUGAUUAGAGAAGAUGCUGUCUUGGAGUACCUAAAAAUAGCACAGGACUUGGAAAUGUAUGGUGUGAACUACUUCAGCAUUAAAAACAAAAAGGGCUCUGAACUCUGGCUAGGUGUAGAUGCUCUUGGACUCAACAUUUAUGAGCAGAAUGACAGGCUAACACCAAAAAUUGGAUUCCCUUGGAGUGAGAUCAGAAAUAUUUCUUUCAAUGACAAGAAGUUUGUGAUCAAGCCUAUUGACAAGAAAGCACCAGACUUCGUAUUCUAUGCCCCUCGGUUACGGAUUAACAAACGAAUCCUGGCACUCUGUAUGGGAAACCAUGAGCUCUACAUGCGCAGACGUAAACCAGAUACCAUUGAGGUGCAGCAGAUGAAAGCACAGGCUCGGGAAGAGAAGCAUCAGAAACAGAUGGAGAGAGCCCUGCUGGAGAAUGAGAAGAAGAAAAGGGAAUUGGCAGAAAAAGAGAAAGAGAAGAUUGAACGUGAGAAGGAGGAGCUGAUGGAAAAACUCAAGCAAAUUGAGGAGCAAACCAAGAAGGCUCAGCAAGAACUGGAAGAACAGACCCGUAGAGCCAUGGAGCUGGAACAGGAAAGAAAGCGAGCUCAGGAGGAAGCAGAAAAACUGGCUAAAGAACGUAGAGAAGCAGAAGAGGCAAAGGAAGCCCUGCUAAAAGCAUCCCAUGAUCAACAAAAGACCCAGGAACAACUGGCUGCUGAAAUGGCAGAACUCACAGCUAGGAUCACACAGCUGGAAUUGGCCAGGCAGAAGAAAGAGAGUGAGGCCCAGGAGUGGCAGCAGAAGGCACAAAUGGUGCAGGAGGACCUAGAAAAGACCAAAGAGGAGCUGAAGACUGCCAUGAGCACUCCUCAUGUCACUGAGCCAAUGCACUCUGAGAACGAGCAUGAUGAUGAGCAGGAUGAAAAUGCAGCAGAAGCCAGUGCUGAGCUUCGAUCAGAGGCCACCAUCAAGGACCGCAGCGAGGAGCAGCGUACCACUGAAGCAGAGAAAAACGAACGAGUGCAGAAACACUUGAAGGCUCUUUCCUCAGAGUUGGCAAACGCUCGGGAUGAAACCAAGAAGACGGCCAAUGAUAUGAUCCACGCUGAGAACAUGCGGCUGGGCCGAGACAAGUACAAGACCCUCCGUCAGAUUCGGCAGGGCAACACCAAGCAGCGCAUUGAUGAGUUUGAGUCCAUGUAAACUCUCCCCUGCGCUUGCCGCUCUGCAGUCCCUUCUCCCUUCUUUCUCAUCCUCUCCCAUCACUCACUCAUAAUCGUGCUGUGCUGGAACCACUACAGAAGAGCGACCAUGGUCUUAUUUAUAGAGUUUUUGGUAAAUGCUGGAGUUCAGCAACAGAAGAAAGAACGACACUUGCAUAUUCCUGGGAUAGCUUGGGAAAGCUAACUUGUAUUAGGGCAAAUCUGAAAUUCUAUGACUUUGGGUAAAGUCGUACUGCAUUUAGUUAGUUUUGCUUACUGAAAUGGCUGUGUAACUGUUCUCUCUCAUUGAGUAGGGAGGCCAGUAGAUACUUUCUCUGAACUAUAUAAAGUGCUAACAGUUUGACAUUGUGCCUUCCUACUAACUUGCACAAGCUUCAGUAUUAAGCUCUGAGGCCAGGAUCUAAAUUUCUGAUGUCAUUAAGGGUCUGAAUCACGUAGUUGAGAUGGAGUCUG